CCACCCUCUCUCUCCCCCCACCCCAACUUCCCGAAAACCACCCACCCUCUCUCUCCCCCCACCCCAACUUCGCUCUUCUCUUCUCCAUUAACAAAUCUCUUCGGGGAGAAUAAGUUGCAGAGUAAAAAAAUCUAGACAGAGAGAAUAUCGCUCUUCCUGUUUUCUAUCUCUAUAUAUAGAUAUAUAGAUAUCAUCUUACCUAUAUAUACACAUAUUCACCUUCAGAUAUAGCUAUAUUUUUGCACCUAUAAAUACACAAAAAAAUAUACACACACUCCCUUGCUGCAGAGGUUUUUGCGUGAUAACAGAUCUCGAGAUUCGAACGGAGGAAUUCCGCAUUUUCUAUUUGAGAAACUGUAAAAGAAAUUCAACUUGGUUAUUGCAAUUUUUUUCUUAUUACAUAUCGGUUCAGUUCUGUUACUUUGAACUGUUAGCAUUUCCAUUGACGGAGGUCUGUAGCUAUUGGAGGAGUUGAAUGUGAUGCAAAUAUUGUAGAGAAGAGUUUUUUAGUUUCAGUAUUAUGGAGGAUAGAGGAGGAUCGUUCGUGGCGGUGAGAAGGAUUUCUCAAGGACUUGAAAGAGGCAAUACUUGCCAUUCAACUUCUGCAGAGGUUGUGGCAGGAUCAGCAGCGUGGCUUGGCAGAGGCCUUUCAUGUGUUUGUGCUCAAAGGAGGGAGAGUGAUGCUCGUCCAUCAUUUGAUUUAACUCCAGCCCAGGAGGAAUGUCUGCUGAGGCUACAAAGCCGUAUAGAUGUUGCAUAUGAUAGUUCUAUCCCUGAACACCAGGAAGCUUUAAAAGCUUUAUGGAAAGCUGCCUUUCCUGAGGAAGAACUUCGUAGUUUAAUAUCUGAACAGUGGAAAGAAAUGGGCUGGCAAGGAAAAGAUCCUUCUACUGACUUUAGGGGUGGUGGAUUUAUAUCGCUGGAGAAUUUGUUAUACUUUGCAAGGAACUUCCCGAAAUCUUUCCAGGAUCUUCUCCGAAAGCAGGAAGGUGAUAGAGCAAUUUGGGAAUAUCCAUUCGCUGUUGCUGGCGUCAACAUCACAUUUAUGCUUAUCCAGAUGCUCGAUUUGGAAGCUUUAAAACCCAGAAAUCUGGUGGGAGCUACUUUCUUGAAGUUUCUUGCAGAAAAUGAGUCGGCUUUUGAUCUUCUAUAUUGCAUCACGUUUAAGUUGAUGGAUCAUCAGUGGCUUGCCAUGCGCGCAUCGUAUAUGGACUUCAAUACGGUCAUGAAGGCUACUCGUCGUCAACUAGAAGAGGAGCUUCUGCACGAAGACAUAACACGGCUGGAAGAUUUGCCCUCAUACAGCCUUCUUAGUCGAUAGUGUUUGUAGUCGUGACAUUUAAGAAAAUGAAAAUGGCUUUUGUAUGCAAGUUUUGUGGCAUCUAUUGGUUUUGUUCUUACAUUAGUAGCUUUCGGUGGUGGGUGUUACUUUUUAGAAGUCGGCGGAGAGGAAAUAUGGGGAUUAUACAGUGCCUGAACUUGGUAAUGUAAGAGCAAGUACAAUGUACCCUUGUUUCUUGAAUUUGGAAAGGGGCAAUACUGCUGAGUAGUCUCAAUACUGGUGGUAGGAAAUCGAAGAAUUGUCCUUCGACUACCUUUUUGGUUUAAGUAAAUCGAAGGUGGUACCCUUCUAUCGGCUAUGACAGAGACUUUAGACCAAGACGUGCCUGUGUAAACUAACUGAUCGGCGGAUAUUGGCAUUAUCUUAAGCUUUAACGUGCGGCCUAUGUUCAUCUUAUCUCGAAUCCCAUUAUUUAGUCUAAUUUAUAUUACCGCAAUCAUAUGAUUAAUUGAACGGUACAAGUUGUUGCCAACCAACCCAUUUGUGAAGUGAUGUCGUAGUAAAUGAGAAGUCCAAGGAAAAAGGAGAAUCGGUCCCUUACCCAAAUUAGAGUUUGAACCAGUAAGCAUUGGACUUGCUCACGGAUGUGUCUGCAUCUUUUGAAGUCUUUGGAUGAUUUAAAGUGUCAAUAUCUAUUGAUUGAUCUGGAAUUCUAGAAUCCCCUACAGCACUUCUAUUAUGCACCAGAUUAGUCACCUUCAUUUUAUCGAGAGGAUUCAAUUUGAAGAAUUGGUAAAGUGCCAGCCACCUGCCACUACACCCCCUUCCCCUUCAGCAUUCCCCGGCUGAUGGGCAUUCAACAGCCGAUGAGCCCAAGAAGUAACUAUCAAACCGACAGCCAUAGCUCUCACCAUGCUCCAAGUGCAGUGCAAGAAUCCAACUGCAACAAUACAUUCCGAGCUCUCAAAUUUGUUUUUUUUUUCUUCCUAUUAUCACUAUAUUACGGAAGCUAAACCUUUUUUUUUUUGUUGUUGUAAGUAAUAUAUCAUAUUAGAAAAAACAGCAUAAAGAUAGUGCUGGUUGGUGUGUAUAACCCAAUUACAACCUGUGUAGAUUACUAAUAAAGUCUAUCACGGCGCCUAUGUUGUUAA